CAAAUAUAUGUUUUAAUUUUUAUAAAAAACAAGAUUUUUAAAUUAAAUUUGACAAAAACUUUAGUAAAGUGUUUUAAAAAAAAUUCAGCAUAAAGAAAAACAAAAAAGUUUAGCAGAAAAAUCAAAGAACAUGAAGUGUGCAGUGGGCAAAUGCAAGCAAAGUAAUAGUACUAAAACAAAUGUAUCCUUUUACAAUUUCCCAAAAGAUGAGACACAAAGGAAUUCUUGGGUGAAGUUUUGUAAUCGUGUGCGACCCAUAAAUGUCCAAAAGGAAAAAAUUUGUGCCUUACAUUUUAAACAAGAAGAUUUUGAAAGAAAUUUAAAAUUUGAAUUGGGAUAUAGCCAGCGACGUACACCAAAACUGAAACCGGGUGCUGUUCCCACAAUAGAGGCUUGCAAUAUGACAAUUAAAAUUCCAAAUAAAAGUGUUAACGAUAUACCAAAUGAAAAUGUUAACCAAAUUGCAAUUAAAACUGAAACUUGCAACGACAUUUCAAUAAAAACUGAAACAUGCGACGAAAUUGAAAUAGGCGAAGUGGAAAUCACUCCAAUGACAACCGAUAUUAAAGUAGAAAGUCUGCAACAGUACAUAAAAACUUUGGAAAUGAACAUAGAUGUUUUAUGCAAGGAAAAUGAUGAACUGAAAUUUCUACAACAGCAAUCAGCAAACACAAUAAAAAAUUUGACUCGUCAAGUUCAGAGCUUAAGUUAUGCCAACGUUAAUCUAGAAAAUUCACUGAAACGUAUGUUUACAGAAGAUCAAAUAAAAAAACUUAAAAACAACGAUAAAAGGCAAAACUUUACCGAAGAAGAUAUUGCUCAGUCAAUGAUUUUAUAUUCUACCAGUGCUAGGGCUUACAAUUUGUUAAUAAAAAGACAUUUUCCUCUUCCCUCGGUGAGAACAUUGCAAAGAUGGUCAAGAAAACAAGAUAUGUCAACAAGUCAAGUGGAUAGAAUAGAAAUGUGAAGUUUAUGUACAAAUAAAGAUACUACAAAAUUAA